AUGAAACACCAAGUAAAAUACCAUAUCCUUAAGGAAGACGAUGAAAGAAAUUUGAUAAACAAAGUUAAAAGCAUCGGGCUAUUAACGAAUGAAACAUCAUAUGUAUGCCCGAUUGAGGUACAAAAUGAAAAACACCAUCAGCAAUUAUUUCAAAAUGUAAUUACAUCGUUUAUCGAAACCAUGACAAAACUACUUUGUACAGCCUUGAAAUUCCGAAUACGAAAGUGCAAACUAAUGAUGACGUAUGACAGCUUCGAUCAACUGACCAGUUUGGUGUGA